AUGAGAUUUAUUCGCCUAUUCUUCCUUUCCGGAAGAUGGAAAUUGGCACUACUCGUUGCUGUGGUGUACGUGUUGGCAAUCGGCAUAAUCCACACCAGACGCAAUGGCAAAAAGGUGGAGGUGAAGGGGCAGAUUUACUACAGCAAGUACUGUGCAUGGAACGACGGGAUUGAUGCCAGUGAAGUAGGGUGGUAUGAGAUGCGUCUGUGCUACAGAAUCGCUUCAAACCCUCCCAUUGCACCGACGUCAGCGCCCACAAUUGAGGAGUGGAAAAUCCGUAUCAACGGGAGCAGGAAAGGCUUGAGAUUCGAAGACUUGGCCACCAUUCCAGAUGCCGAGUGGUUGAAUGAUUUUGAUCGCAGUGUCUACCAACUCUAUCCUCAGGCAAUUCCUAUGCGAGCCACAUUGCAAACUCUCGUUAAUGACGAACCGAUUUCGCAGCCUCCCAUCUUCAACCCACGCAUUCGCUUCCUCAAAGUGCCCGCCAACGCCUGCUCCCCGUUUGAACCUACACAAGUCCUUUUCCGUGUCCCACGUCCACGAUCGCAUCCAUAUGUGGUAAUUGUCUACAAGUCAGGUGUGUACGAUUUCGAGGAGAGGAGGCAUCUGCGCCAACUCUACCAUUUCUCUCACACAAACAUCCCCAUCCACCUCGUCUUCUCUGUCGGCUUGCCACGAACCUCGCUAAGCAACGUGUUUCAACGCGACGGUUUCAACGUCACGCUUCGUAACAGGGCAGGACAGAAGCUGCUGCAGCACUCGAAGCACCCAUCCACCACAAGGCAAAUGCUCAGUGAGGAAAUGCGCGACCAUGAGGACCUUCUGGUUGGCGACUACGAGGACUCCUACUACAACCUGUCGCUGAAGCUGUUCCACACCUUCCAAUGGGCUGCCCGAUUUUGUCGUCCCUACAACCCCACCUUCGUCUUCCUCGACGACGACUACGCUGUGAACUUGAACAAGUUAAUCCACUUCCUUCUUGGCCUGACGCCGCAAUUGAGGGAGAACUUGAGCCAUGGCUAUGACGUGAGGGUGAACCCCGUCUUCCGAAUAGGCAGCAGCAUUUACCCACAGUGGUCCUUCUCGAAGGGUGAAAUUCCAUGGCCAAUGCACACACCAGAGCACUUGGGCAUCUACAGUCUGUGGAGCUACCGCCAUGUGCACGACAUGGCUCUGGCCAUGCACUUCACCAAACCCAUGGUCAUCGACGACACGUGGUUGGCCAUGGUGCAGUACAAGUUGAACCUCACAUUCACCCGAUUGCACGGUAUGUUCUUCCAUCCUUCACAAUCGUUUGCGCAAAUUCAAUGCUCCGAUCUCUUCUUCGCGCCUAUUAGCGUAUUCCAUCAACUCAAUUGUACAUUGUAA